GGCAUCGACAUUUACAGAUUGUUCGAGCUGGUAUAUGACUGCCUAGAAAGAUCGACUCCUCAGCAAGUUGUGAGAGUGCUUGCUGUGCAUUUUCCCCGUAGGAAGAGUGUCGUCAGCUCCAAGAUUACCAGACAGUGGCCAGAUGUUGCAAAAGAGGUGGAAGAAGAGAAGAGAGAUUUCCGCUUUCAGAUUCUUUUUCUCAGUAACAAGUUGUGUGUAAGGCAUAAAAAGCAACUCAAUUUGCCGACAAUUGCCUUACUGCACCCUGCACAAGACUUCUUCACAGAGCUUGAAGAGGCUUUUCCACCUACCUACCUUGAUAAACUGAUGCAGGAACAGGAUAAAGACACACAAUUAGGAUCACAGCUCUUAUCUCCUAAUAUCACAGAGGAAAUUAUUAAGGAUUUUGUGUAUGGCAAGUUCAGAUUAGACCCUGCAGAUCUCCGGGCUCUUCUCCAAAUUCUGGAGACUGCUGAAACAUCUUGGAAACAUCCCAGUCUUGGAUGCCUGGUGCACCAGAACUCAUUAAAAGAGCAGCAUUCAGAGGAGAAUGCUGAGCUAAGUUCCACUGUUGUACAUCAGGCUUUUGAGGAAAGUGGUGGAGUCAAGUUUGCUGAUACAGAAAAAGUACUAGACAUAGGCAACCUUGAUGAGGGUGAGUUGGAGUCCUCUGGAACAUCUGACAAAACAUUGUUGAUUCCAGACAUAAAAAAAUUUUGGAAAUCUUUCGACUUUCCGGUCUGCAUUGUCAAGGUGUUUUAUGAAGAGGAAAUUACGGACCCAGACACUGGUCUAAGACAUAAAAUAUUUAGAUGACAUCAGCUUAUCAACAUAAUUAGAGUAGGUAACGGCACACAAAAUUAAUUUUUUUGUAUGCUCACAUGAAAGUACAAGAAAAUGUAAGAAAAACACAGCAAAAACUGAGUCUCUAUUAGUUUUGGAGAUAUUUGUGUUUGAAGUUCGUGAUUGCACCCGGUUCUGUAUCUCUAUACUCUGUACGGUGCGAACCGGGUGACUCAAAGCUGCUGUCAUAUACACCGGAGUCAGCAGACAAUGCUCUUUCACGCUCAUCUACAGAUCCACGUCGUAUUUUGCACAGGUAUUCGAGCUAAGUUAUUUUAAGCUGACAAAUAUUUUCCAUCAUCUUUUAUUGCGCUUUAGAACUGUUAACUUUCUCUAAGAAAUAUACAGGCAUUUCCGCCAAUCUUUACUGAUUUAAUUCAAUCUGUAUACAUCAAUAUCCAUACGAAAGUUUGUGAACGCGAGCACAAAUACCGACCCAACCAUCAACAUGCACGCGAUACACGGCACACGGACAACGGGCACCACGAGGCUAGCUGCUUGUGCCGGGUACCAUGUAUCCUCACAAAAUACACAUUAUUCACCCAGUCACACAACAAAAAGACAUACUCUGAACACAUGCGGAAAAGCUGUUCUUUAUUGUGAUUUAAGAGAGAUAUUUCUAUUCCUGAUAGUCAAAUUUUUAAAAUUGAAAACACUAUUUUUGUGCGAUCGCCCGCUUUCCGCCAGCGGAAAGACGUGUGGCGGUACUAGAGUUACAGCAGUAGAGGGAAUGUGCAGUAAUGUAUAACACUUUUGGUAUACAUAGUGGUCAUUUGUAUCUGUUUUUAAGCUCUUUUGGCUUAUUAUUAAUAAAUACUUUAUUCUGAAA